CCUUAUGACUAUAUUCUCCAUGGAUUCUAUUACCAGACCUCAUCUCUGCUAUUACAGUAUCAAUAUCAAUUUGUAUUGAUGGCGUCGUAAUGUGACCAGUGAAAUGCGUUCGUUUAUGUUUGUUACAAUAUUUGGAAUUAGUUGAAUUUUGAGAUUUAUUAACUUUGUAUAAGUUACCUUUAACACAGAAAUGGGAAGGGGUAAGAAAGAAUUUCAAAGACUUCCUACCAACGUUUCUCCGUAUCAUUAUAAUAUUUUGCUGACGCUGGAUCUCACGAAUUUUAUAUUUACAGGAGAACAACAUGUACAUAUUAAGGUGCAUCAUUCUACAAAUGAAGUUACACUGAAUUCUGUAGACAUUAACAUUAAACAUGUUACUUUUCAUAAUGCGAAUGGUAACAUAAUAUCUUCAACGGAAAUAGUGAUGAACCCUACCGAAGAAACAGCAAAAAUACUUUUUCCUGAAACUCUUCCAAUUGGAAAAAUUGGUUACUUGCAUUUAGAAUUUCAAGGAGAAAUUAACGAUAAACUGAAGGGGUUAUAUCGUAGCAAAUACACAGGUACCGAUGCAAAAAUUACAUAUGCAGCAGUGACACAAUUUGCACCAAUAGAUGCCAGGCGUUGUUUUCCAUGUUGGGAUGAACCAAUUUUGAAGGCCACAUUUGAUAUGUCUUUAAAAAUUCCUAAUGAUCUUAUAGCUGUUUCUAAUAUGCCCCUCAAAUCCAAAACCACGAGCGAUGACACUGUAACCUGGACUUUCGAAACCACUCCCAUAAUGUCGACCUACCUCCUCGCCUUUGUCGUCGGCAAGUUCGACCACGUAGAAUGCAAAACAACUGAAGGCACUCUCGUAAGAGCUUACACCCCAAAAUCAAAAUCACAUCUUGGUCAAUUCGCUCUAGAUAUAGCCACAAAAAUAAUUCCCUACUACAACCAAUAUUUCAAAAUCUCGUACCCACUUCCCAAACUCGACCUAAUACCAGUCGCCGAGAUGUCGUUUGGAGGAAUGGAAAACUGGGGUCACAUAACAUUUCGUGAAAUUUGUCUUCUGGUAGAUCCAGAGAAUACUUCCGCCAUCCGGAAACAAAGAAUCGCCCUCAUUAUAGGUCACGAAAUAGCUCACCAGUGGUUUGGAAAUCUAGUCACCAUGAAAUGGUGGGACGACUUGUGGCUCAAUGAAGGCUAUUCUUCCUUUAUAGAAUUUCUCUGUGUGGAUCACCUUUUUCCAGAAUAUGAUAUCUGGACCCAUUUUGUAACUAGAACCUACAUACCAGCCCUAGAAUUAGACGCCCUAAAAAAUACACAUCCGAUCCAAAUUCCCAUCAACCAACCGUCCGAGAUCGAUGAAAUAUUCGAUGAGAUUUCAUAUAAUAAAGCUGCAAGUAUUAUUAGAAUGUUACAUUCUUACAUCGGGGAAGAAGAUUUCAAAAAGGGGAUGAAUCUCUAUCUCAAGAAAUUUUCCUACGCGAACGCACAAACUGAGGAUCUUUGGGCAGCUUUGGAAGAAGUGAGCAGUAAAAGUGUCGCAUCAAUCAUGCCGACUUGGACCAAGCAAGAAGGUUUCCCGAUUUUGGAUGUUAAACAUCACUGGCAAGAAAACGACUUGGUGUUGACUUUCUCUCAAAAAAGAUUUGUCGCUGAUGGUUCAACUGAUCCUGCAAACAAUCUCUGGAUGAUUCCCUUGCAAAUAACUUCUGCGCAGUCACUUGGGAAGGUAAUAUUCAGCAGUGUAAUAGACGAAAGGAAAGCAGAAUUUUUACUUAAGAAUAUAUCAAAGAAUACCUGGAUUAAAGUCAAUCCUGGGACGAUUGGAUUUUACAGAACCAGAUAUAGCUCUGAUUUACUGGAGCUUUUAGUUCCAGCGAUCAAAAAGAGGGAAUUGCCUGCUCUUGACAGAUUGGGGAUAUUGGAUGAUAUGAUUGCUUUUGCCCAAGCUGGGCAAACAUCCACUGUUGAGGUUCUAAAAUUACUCCAGGCUUUUCAGGCAGAGGUCAAUACGACCGUUUGGUCUAAUAUUGUUAGUUGCUUGGAUAAAAUUGGAUUGCUUGUGGAAAAUUUGGAUUUUGAGAGUUCUUUCAAAAGCUUUGGGCGUUCGCUUCUACGAGAUGUCAGUUCGCGAUUAGGUUGGGAACCUAAACCUGGCGAAAAUCAUUUAAAUACUAUUCUGAGACCUUGUAUUUUUGAGAGAAUGGUUUUUCUGGAUGAUGAGGAGAUUAUUAAAGAAGCUAAGAAGAAAUUUGAGUUACACCUUUCGGGGAAAAAUGUUCUUGUGCCGGAUUUGAAAAAUACAGUUUAUAAAGCGGUUCUUGCGAAUGGCAAUGAAGAUACUUUAGUAACAAUGCUGAGGCUGUACCGAGAAGCAGAUUUGCAGGAGGAGAAAUUUAGGAUUUUAAGUGCUAUGGGGACAGUGAAAAAAGAGGCUUUAAUAUCGAGAGUAUUAAAUUUUAUUAUUAGUGAUGAAGUUCUGGCUGGAGAUGCUGUUUAUGCCUUUUCAUCAAUAACAACACAUUAUAAAGGUCGUUUCCUAGUCUGGAAGUUUUUUAAGGAUAAUUGGAAUUUAUUUUUAGAGAGGUAUCAGGGAGGAGUUUUGUUAUCGAAGCUUGUUAAAUGUGUGACUGAGAAGUUUGUUUUUGAAGAUAAGGCGAGGGAAAUUGAAGAGUUUUUUGAAAAUAAACCUAAAGAUAGUAUUGAAAGAGCGAUUUUGCAGGGCGUGGAAAGCGUUAGAUUAAAUUCAUCUUGGCUUAAUCGAGAUAGAGAGGCAAUCAAGAAGUUCCUGAGUUCUCAGUCGUAAAAUACUGGUUUAAUAUAACAUUGUUAUGUGAUUUUGUUUUUUAUAUAUAAUUGACAAAAAACAAUUUAAAACCAAAAAAAAAAACAUUUUUUAUUCUUGAAAACAAUUUGCAUCAAGGUAAUGUUAAAAGGGGGUAAAAUUCUCUUUAAAUAAUGUUAAAAAUGAAUAUAGUAUUAGACAGUUUUGUAACGUUUUUUUUUUUGCUGGUUACGACUUAUAACGAUUGAGUGUAGUAUCAUAUUACGAAGUUUUUGAAAACAAUUGAUUCUUACUUCGCGAAAUUGUUAAAAGGGAGCAAAAGGGCCUUAUUCAAAUUAAACUUUUUAUUAUUUAGUCAUUGUUCAAUGUUUUUUUACGGGUGACGACUUAUAACAAAUGAGUGUUGAUUUCAAAAUUCUUAAAAACAAUCGAGUAUUACUUCACGAAAAUUUUAAAAGGGAACAAAAGGUCCUUAUUCAAACUUUUUCUUUUAAUUCUUAUUAUUUUAGUAUUGUUAGAAUGUUUUUUUACGGUUGACGGCUUAUAACAAGUGAGUAUUGCCUUACGAAAAUCUUAAAAACAAUUGAGUAUUACUUAGCGAAAAUAUUAACUUGGAACAAAAGGUCCUUAUUCGAAUUAUAUUUCUUAUUAUUUAGGCUUUUUUCAAUCUUUUUUUUUACGGGUGACGACUUAUAACAAGUGAGUGUUGAUUUUACAAUUCUUAAAAACAAUUGAGUAUUACUUAACGAAAAUGUUAAAAGGGAGCACGAGUUCCUUAUUCAAAUUAAACUUUGUGUUAUUGAGUCUUUUUUCAAUGUUUUUUUACGGGUUUCGACGCAUAACAAGUGAGUGUUGCCUUAAGAAAUUCUUUAAAACGAUAGAGAAUUAACGAAAAUAUUUAAAGGGAACAAAAGGUCCUUAUUCUAACUUUUUCUUUCAAUUCUUAUUAUUUUAGUCUUUUUUCAAUGUUUUUUUACGUGUGACGACUUUAACAAUUGUGUAUUGAUUUAGAAAUUCUUAAAAACAAUUGAGUAUUACUUCGCGAAAAUAUUAAAAGAGAUAAAAGGCCCUUAUUCAAAUUAAACUUCUUAUUAUUUAGUCUUUUUUUAAUGCUUUUUUUACGGAUGACGACUUAUAACAAGUGAGUGUUGCCUUGCGUUUUUUAUAUUUAAAAAGGGACAAUAGUGAAUUAGAAGUAUAUUCUUAAAGAUGACGACUUAACGUAAAUGAGUAUUAGUAUAGGAUAUUUUUUAGAAUCACAAUUUAAAGGAUUAGUUUUAUUAUAAUUAUUCAUAGAUUUUAGUUAUAUCUAAGUCUUGUUGAUAUUAUAAAUUUAUAUUGUACAUACAGUAUCGUCGGGCUAGGACGGUUGUUUAACAUUCAAGAAAAAAUGUCAUUCUUUUUAUAACACAAAAUAUAUAAUUUUCUCU